AUUCCAUCAUCUUCACGCCAAGUAAACGAUUCCUCUCCUCUCCUCUCCACCUCACCUUUUUAUCUCUCUUUCUCUUCUCUGGCUUCAUCCAAGCAACAGUACCUGGGUUCAGGCCAAACUUGACCCGGAUCAGGACCCGUCUCAUGCAUGCACUGAUUUAAGUGAUUUUGGCUUGUCCAAACAACAAGUAUUGGCAGGUAAAUCGACCCUUUGACUAGUUAAUAACGCCAGCAUAAAAAAGAUCGUUUUUUUCUUCGUGGGUAUUGGUUUUUGAGUUGAAAAAAAUGGUGGGUUUAUUUUCGAGAUUCUCUGUUGGAAGGAAUGCCCACCGACGGACGCAAAGUGCCCUGGAUGAGAGGGAAGUAAUACCCCCAAACUCAGAGACUGGCGCUGCAGCUAGUGCUGCUACUGCCACUUCUCAUGGAAUUGAAGUAGCAGUGGAGUUUAAGCCAGUUGAACACCCAACUGAACCCCUUGACAAUGAUAGACCAAUUCAGUGCCCGGUACCAGAACCAUCUAUUCUUAAUGAUGGAAGAAUAUGGAAAGAGCGAGUAUCUGCUACUGUGCGGAGAAGAGGUGACCUGCCAGUGAUGAAGGAAGAGGGAACCCUUGAAUCUGAAGGGGCUGGGACAAAGCCACGGAGAUCCCACUCUAAUCGAAUGAUUCUACCAUCUGUUAGUGCUCCGGAGCAUAAUCUUUUAAAACUUCUUGAAGAGUGUAAUGAUUCAGGCAUCUAAACUGGUAUUGUUUUUAAUGUGCUAUUUUGCUUUCAUAAAUUCCAUCAACUUAAACGUGAUACCCCUUCAUCUUUUAUUGUUGCCCUUCUAUUUAUUUAUAUUAUGUAGCUCAAAUGUGUAUGUAUAUUCGAAGGUAUAAUCUUGUAAGUCAAAUCUGGUAUAUUUUUACUGAAGAAACGAGUAAUAUACU